GUUUUAAGUUGGCGCGAAAUGGACGUAAACAAAUGUGUAUAUUUCAGCUUUAUUUGACACACAAAAUCUUCCUACAUUAUGGACAUAAGAAGUUUUUUCACUGCAAAAUCUAGCAAGAAAUCAGAUGGUGGUAAAGAAACCUUGACAAAACAAGUGGAGGAGUCCAAAAGCAAAGAGACACCUAAAAAGAAAGAGAAUACCAAGUCAACAAAGAAAGAAAAGAGUAGUAAAGUAGACAAAAACAGUUCCAAUAAAAAACAGUCUCCCAAAAAAUCCAACGCUCAAAAAGAUACGGGGAAAAAGAAAAUCUAUGUGCUAGACAGUGAUUCCGAGACAGAAUUUAAUGAAACCUCACAGAGAGGUUCUGGUAAAAAUUCUAAAGACAACAAAGCAAGUAGUAAGACGGGAAAGAAGCUUAAAUCUGAAGAAAGCGAUGAAGAGGAAGUUCAGACAAAAAAAGGCAAAAGAAAACGUCAUCAGGUGAGUAGUGAGGAUGAAGAAGUGGCAGUCUCAAAACAAAAAUGGAAGUCGAAGAGAAGACUCGACUCCGAUUCCGAGGAAGACGUCAAAGAAAUCAAAAGGAAGGCUGGUAAAAAGUCCAAAGCACUUCAUGUAGAUUCAGAUGAGGAAAAGCAUGUGAAAACCACACUUGAUGCAUUUUUAAAGACACCGAGUCCCAAGAAACACACGAGUGACAAUGGAAGGACGGAGUCUAAAAGUGUGACAAAAACACCAGUCAGUGUACAGGAUUUCUUUGGAGGAGAAUCCGUGAAGCGUUCAGACAAAAAGGUUGCAGCCAAACGCACAGUGGGCAAAUCAGAAGACCCAGUGGUAUAUGAUGUAGAAAUGCAUGAAGACGACGAUUUCCAGAAAACUCUAGACAUGGCAGAUGAAAGGAAACCAAAGCGAAUAAAAACAGAUACCAAGCAGGAGUCAUCAAGUGCAAGUAAGCAGAGUCUGUCGAGUAAGUUAGCUGCCAGGAUUCAGGCCAGCGAUGAAAGUGAUGUCAUUCCUGAUACACCCACCACAGACAGGAGUCAGUUUACAAAGAUCUCGGAGAAAAAGGGCUCACCAAAGAAAACUGAGCAGAAGAAAGUCCCUCCCAAAAAGGCAACCCCUAAAAAGGCCUCUCCUGUCAAAUUCACUCCUAAGAAAUCCCCUCCCGUUGUGAGUGAGACUGCAGCCACUCCAAGGUCUGAAACAACUAGCAAACCAGGGGCAAAAGCUAGUCCUACCAAAGUAUCUCCAGAUACGCCUUCUCUAGCAAAGAAGGGCAGCAUGUAUAGGAGUUAUCUCAACAGGGAAGGCCCACAAGCAUUAGGAUCAAAGGAAAUACCUGAGGGUGGAGAAAACUGUUUAGAGUCCUUGACCUUUGUCAUAACUGGUGUAUUAGAGUCAAUGGAGCGUGACGAGGCCAAAAGUCUUAUAGAAAGAUAUGGUGGGAAAGUGACUGGUAGUGUUAGUAAGAAGACAAGCUACUUGGUGGCGGGACGUGAUUGCGGAGAAAGCAAACUGGCCAAGGCCAGAAGUUUUGGAACUAAACAAAUUGAUGAGGAUGGAUUACUGGACCUGAUCAGAACACUUCCUGGGAAACGAUCCAAGUAUGAAGUUCAAGCAGCUGAACAGGUGAAAAAGGAGUCAUCAUUCUCAAAAAAGACAAUACCAUCCACACCCCCAGUGAAGUCUAUGAAGUCCGAAUCUUCAUUAUCUAAACCCAAACUGGAAUCCACCGACUCCGUGUCCCUCCCAAACAAUCAAUCAAAUGGAACUAGUAAAUCUACGGAGGACAGUCUGAUGUGGGUAGAUAAGUACAAACCUACUCAGCUGAAACAGAUCAUUGGUCAAACAGGGGAUAAAAGUAAUGCCAAGAAACUACUGCACUGGUUAACCAACUGGCAUAGAAAUCAGGCAGUGGGAACCAAACCACAAGGUAAAUUUUUUGGUAAGAAUGAUGAUGGGUCUGGAUUCAAAGCUGCCCUGCUAUCAGGUCCUCCAGGGAUCGGAAAAACCACCACAGCUACAUUAGUGUGCCAGGAGGCAGGUUUCUCCUAUGUAGAGUUAAAUGCAUCAGACACACGAUCAAAGAAGAGUUUGAAGGAAGUCGUCGCAGAAUCACUUGACAAUACAACUAUAGUGGAUUAUCUAGGAGUUACUAAGAGCACAACACAUGGACAUAAGCAUUGUCUGGUAAUGGAUGAGGUGGACGGGAUGGCAGGAAAUGAAGAUCGCGGAGGUCUGCAGGAGUUAGUGUCCCUGAUCAAGUCAUCGCAUAUCCCAAUCAUCUGUAUGUGUAACGACAGAAAUAGUCCCAAGAUGAGGACCCUCUCCAACUACUGCUUUGAUCUCCGCUUCCAGAGGCCUCGAUUGGAGCAAAUCAAGGGAGCUAUGAUGUCUGUAGCAUUUAAAGAGGGCUUAAAAAUUCCACCACCAGCACUGAAUGAAAUCAUUAUGGCAGCCAAUCAAGACAUUAGACAGGUUCUACAUAAUUUAUUGAUGUGGACAGCUGGAGAAAAAAGUUUGACCUAUGAUCAGGCCAAGAAAGACUCCAGUAAUGCCAAAAAGGACUUCAAAUUGGGUCCUUUUGAUGUUUGUCGUAAGGUGUUUGUGGGUGGAGAGGAAACAGCAGGCAUGACCAUCAACGACAAGUCUGAUCUGUAUUUCCAAGACUACAACAUUGGUCCACUGUUUGUACAGGAAAACUACAUCCAUGUUAUUCCAUAUGCUGCAAAAGGUAAUGUAACUCGACAUUUGUCUCUGCUGGCCAGGGCUGCUGACAGCCUGUGUGAUGGGGAUACAUUAGACAGCUGUAUCCGCGGGAACCAGUCUUGGAGUCUGCUACCUACAGCGGCAAUGUAUGCUAGUGUGAUACCGGGGGAGUAUAUGAGAGGAAGCUUACAGCAGAUGGUCAGUUUUCCAAGCUGGUUGGGCAAAAAUUCCACCACCAGCAAAACUGACCGCAUUUUACAAGAGUUGAGAACACACAUGUCACUACCAACAUCAGCUAAUAAACUGAGCUUGAAUCUUGAUUAUCUCCCCUACAUGAGGAAGUUUCUGACAUCACCAUUAGUGAUCAAGGAGAAUGAUGGGAUACCAGAUGUCAUAGAUCUAAUGGACAAGUAUGACAUCAUCAAAGAGGACUUUGACAAUAUUCUGGAAGUCACGAAAUGGCCAAACAGUGCAGAUCCAAUGUCAUUACUUAGCUCCAAGACAAAAGCAGCCUUUACAAGAACUUAUAAUAAGGAGGUCCAUUUGACCCCAUAUGUUACUGGUGCCCUGACCAAGAAGGGCCGAGGGGGAGGGGCAGCUUCUACAGAGGAUUACGGUCUAGAGGGUGAGGGUGAAGGAGAGGAGCCAGUGACCGCCCCAGACAGUGACAAGGAGGAAACAGAUGACGUAGAAAUGGACUCCAUGAUUAAGCAAACAAAAAAGCCUAAAGGAAAGGAAAAGGAACCAAAAUCAACUUCCUCUAAGGGAAAAGGGAAAGGAAAGGGAAAAGGGAAAAGCUGACAUGACAUUCUCUUAAUAAGAAAAGAUUCAUCUGUUAGACAGGUGUUGUGAUACAUCUAUUUCUCUACCACUGUUGACAAUACUGUACUAUGACAUUCAAGGAAAAAUGGUAAUGAUACCAUGUAAAAACAUUUAGAAGAUGUAUGUCUUUGAUUAGGCUGUUAUCUUUACUAAAUUAAGUACAAUGUGAUUCAAAUCUUUAUCAAUAAAUGAUUUGGAACGUUAAAUAAACUGCUGAUGAUUUCUUA